GGGGGCUCAACGCUGGCUGCCAGGCUGUCCUGGGCGCGGCGGGAAGCAACAUGACUUAGGUGGCUCUGCCCAGAGGUGCACCAACCACGAUGCAGCAGCUACGAGUGGAGACAGAUGCCAUCGGGGCCGGCGAGGGGCCGCAGCGCGCGGCGCCCUGGUCAGCCUGGGUCUCUCGGGAGGGCUGGGUGCGCUGGUGCAUGUGUCACGUGCCCCCGAGCUGGACCCAGUGGUGGGCUACGUCCGGCUGGCGGCAGCCACUGCAGCGGGUGCUCUGGGGUCUGGAGGGGAUCCUCUACCUGCUGCUGGCCCUGAUGCUGUGUCACGCGCUCUUCACCACCGGCUCCCACCUCCUGAGCUCCUUGUGGCCCGUGGCGGCUGCGGUGUGGCGCCAUCUGCUGCCGGCUGUCCUGCUGCUGUUGCUCAGCGCCCUGCCCGCGCUGCUCUUCACCGCCUCCUUCCUGCUGCUGUUUUCCACACUACUGAGCCUCGUGGGCCUCCUCACCUCCAUGUCUCACCCAGGCAAUGCUCAGGACUUGGACCAAUAGAAGGGCAACCCCA